AUGAGCAUCAUAGUGACCAAGUCAUCGCCGGUGGUUGUCGCAGGCCCAUCGGAGCUGGGGACGGCAACCGGUGGCAUCAUCAACCUCUCCUCUUUCGACAAAUGUUUCGCUCCUGUUCCUGUCGGGCUGCUUCUCAUUUUCGAGCAGCCAAUCAAUGAGCCCAUUGAGACAAUCAAGAAGGCCCUGUCGCAGGCACUGGUGCUCUACCAACCUAUGGCUGGCCGCCUCGUCACCGGACCUGACGACGAGCCGAUCUACAUCUUGUGCACGGGCGAGGGAGUCUUGUUCGUGGGCGCUUCGGCUAGCUGUGCGCUUGAACAAUUCAGGACGUCCCCGCUGCUGCUUGGGGACCUCGCCGUCCGCUACCCUGCAGAGUACUGCCUUCCCGGUGACCCCAUGCUGCUGAUGCAGGUGACCGAGUUCGCCUGUGGCGGGUUCGUCGUGGGCGUGACGUGGAACCACGUCCUGGCCGACGCCGCGGGGAUGGCGCAGUUCCUGCAGGCCGUCGGCGAGCUUGCCCGAGGGAUGCCAGUGCUGUCCGUCCUUCCGGUCAGGUCCGAAGCCGACGGCAUGCUCCUGGGCAUCCCGCCGUCAGUCGUCACCGCGAUGAGGUCUCAGAUGCGCGUCGGAAUGGAGGAAAUGGCCGGCAUCGACGUCACCAUCUCAUGGAGCCUGAUCAGCUGCAUCAAAGCCGAGUGUGGCGGCGACUGCACUGUGUUCGACGCCGUCGCGGCUGUUCUCUGGCAGUGCCGCACCCGCGCGGUUAUCUCCGACCCCGACACGCCCGCGCCCCUUGUCUUCCCGUGGCUCGUACGUGCCAAACACGGCUACUACGGCAACUGCGUCAUGGGGCAGCCGGUCCAGGCGCAGAGCGGCCUGGUGGCCAACAGCUACAUCAAGGACCUGGUGAAGCUCAUCAGGCUCGCCAAGGAGAAGACACCGGACAUACUCACCAACGGCGGCGGAGGGGAUCAACAGCAGCAGGUGGCAACCCCGAAGUACAACAAGCUUGUUGUGACGAGCUGGAGGAAGCUUGGGCUCAACGCGGUGGACUUUGGGCGCGGGGGGCCGCUGCGGGUGUUGCCGCCGCCGUCACCGGCAGAGCGGACGGCCAUGAACAUCUGCAUCUUGUGUCCGCCAUGCAAGGGGAAGGACGGCGUCAAUAUCGUGUCCCACUGCGUCAAGCCUGAGCACGCCGAUGCCUUCCGACGGGAGUUGGCCGCCACCAUGAACUUGCACCUGCUUGCACGUUUCUAG